AUGGAAUUUCAACCAAACCUUUUGGAACGCUUGAACCUUCGUCUCGGCCCCGUUGAUGAAGACUUUAGAUACAGGAGACAUCACCCUGGUAUCAGUCGCCAGACUUUAGCAUUCGUGUCGGCUUCUCGAAACUCAACAAGAACACCACAAGCUAGACGUAUCAGUGCAGAGAUGGCAAGUCGAAAUUAUUAUCGUGAAACUGGUCGCCCAUUGUUGAUUGAUGAACUAGGGCGAGCUUGGAGAGCUUCAGAUUUUUCACCUGACGUAUACGAUACUCUUCACAUUGGCCAGCUAUUCCGGGAGCAUGGAUAUUAA